UAUCUAUUGGACUGGGGAAGACAACUGGAGAGGAUCCGAAAGCGGAACCGCUUCUCAUAUUCCGAGAAGUCAAGGAAACAGGUAAAAACGAAAAACUAGCAGAUCCGAUCCGUUCGGAUUCGAUCCAAUCCAAUUCACCCACAGAUCCCCUUCCAGCUUUGUUGCCUUUCAUUGGAUCCAUACCGCCGAAACCCUAACUUUACGUUUGUUGGAGUAGAAGUAAGGCGUAGUUUUCAUGGAGAGAGUUGAGGGUGAUGCCGCCUCCGCGGUGGCCCCUCUUGCCAAGUGGAAAAAUGACUUUUCGAGGGCAUUUCAGCAUUAUUUGGAUAAAUCAACUCCUCAUCCAGUCCAUAGGUGGCUCGGAACUCUUGCUGUUGCAGCAAUUUAUGUCUUACGGGUUUACUAUGUUCAAGGGUUCUACAUUGUAUCAUAUGGCCUUGGAAUAUAUAUCUUGAAUCUGUUGAUUGGGUUUCUGUCACCAAAGGUCGAUCCAGAGCUUGAAGUCUUGGAUGGAGCUUCAUUACCAACAAAAGGCUCAGAUGAAUUUAAGCCUUUCAUUCGCCGCCUCCCUGAGUUCAAGUUUUGGUAUUCCAUUACCAAAGCUUUCUGUGUGGCCUUUCUGAUGACCUUCUUUUCUGUAUUCGACGUCCCUGUUUUCUGGCCCAUACUACUCUGCUAUUGGAUUGUUCUAUUUGUCCUCACCAUGAAGCGACAAAUCAUGCACAUGAUUAAGUACAAAUAUGUCCCAUUCAGCAUUGGAAAGCAGAGGUAUACUGGGAAGAAGUCUGCUGCAAGUAGCAGGGGAUUACCAAGGGACUGAAGCUUGGCCACAUCACAACUUAGGGGAAAAGGAAGAAACUUGGGCCUUAAUGAUUUCAUGCUUUCAGCCUUUUUUUGAUGGAACAUAUAAACACACGUAAAUGUUGAAGAUUCUAUUUUGCCAUUGAAUGUAAUCUGCAUGACGACUUUGGAUUCUUACAUUUCUAAAUUACCUUUGAUAUGUUAUUUUGUUUUAUUCUAUUGUAUUUUUUGGGAACAAAUCUUUUGGAUGAUCAGUAGGCAUCUUAUGGGUUGCUUUUUCUCUUGCCA